AUGUUAGACGCACUCAAAGUUGGCAAAAAUGCCGACCACAGUGAGAAAGAGUCGGGUCAGUUUGGUAAAUGGUCCAACAAAGAUUUAGACCCAUCACCGCCCGAACAGCGAACAUGGACCGCAUGGUCAUUUUUUGCAUUCCAGUUCAGUAUUGCCUUUUCACCGACUACGUAUAAUGCUGGUGCGAGUUUGUAUGCAAUCGGAUUAAACUGGUGGACUAUAUUUAUAGCUCAUUCUAGAACUUGUAUAAUCUUAAGUUAUUACUUGUCUAACGUUGCAAACUGUCAUGCUAGAUACCAUAUUGGCUAUCCAACAUUUGUACGCGCAUCUGCUGGCAUUUAUGGAUCGCUCGUGUUUGUCUUCAUCCGCGGUGUUGUUGCGAUUCUUUAUAUGAGUAUUCAGACGUACUACGCUAGUGAAUUUGUAGCGGUUAUGCUGCGCUGUGUUUUUGGCCAUCAGUGGACAGACUUUCCCAAUCAUCUCCCCAAAAGUGCUGCGAUCUCUUCCGCCGGUUUAUUAGCCUUUGGCAUUCUGUGGAUCAUUCAAUUUCCGUUUGCCUUUGUCCAUCCAAGCAAGAUGGCCGUGGUUUUUCAGAUAAAAUCUGUUAUAGCGCCGAUUGGUUUGAUAGUGACGAUGAUCUGGGCACUCGCUUCUAGUCAUGGUGCUGAUUUUGAAGGUUUGAGCAACAAGACAGCGUCAGGAGCGGCUUUAGGCUGGUCUUUCAUGAAGGCUAUAAAUGCCAUCGUAUCAAAUGUCAUUCCACCGCUGGUCAACAUUUCAGAUCUAGCAAGAUAUGUGAAACGACCCAGGGAUACAUUACCUAUGCCAGUUGGGCUUCUUGUCAGCAAGCCGUUGGUUGUGUUUCUUGGUAUGGUCAUUACCGCAGCAGGGUACAAGCAAUUCGGUGAAGCGUAUUGGAAUCUAUGGGAUUUUUAUUCCAGUGUUCUUGAUAAAUACUGGAGCCCAGGGGCUCGAACACUAGUAUUUCUGGCUGCUGGUAUACAGGCAUUUGCGACAUUUGUUACAAAUUUUACGAGUAACUCGAUACCGGUUGGCUGUGAUUUGACAGGCCUGUUUCCGAAGUAUUUUACAAUUGUUCGCGGACAGGUUUUAUGCUUUAUCCUUGCUUGGGUGUGUGUUCCAUGGAAACUUACAUACUCUGCAUCAUCUUUCCUCACUUUCCUCGGCUCUUAUCUUUGCUUCAUCUGUCCGAUUGUAGCUUGUAUGAUAGUUGACUACUGGGUUGUACGAAAAGGCAACAUUCACGUACCAUCCCUGUAUAAAGAUCAACCAGGGACAAUUUAUUAUUAUACGGCAGGAUUUAAUAUACGAGCUUUUGCUGCUUGGGCAGUUGCAAUUGCAUUGGUCAUCCCUGGUGUCUCUGGCGCUCUACACCCUGGCUCAAUUGGAACAGCUGCUGUGAGGCUAUACAAUAUGGGAUUCUUGCUGUCCACCACCGUUGCUGGUCUUUUAUAUUAUGCAAGCUGUCGGAUAUGGCCGGUCCCAAUAUACCCACCAGAACUGCAGCCUAAGGAUGAAUCUUGGGAAGCGAUGCGGUAUACCGAAGGCUUUUUCCCUGAAGAUGAAGUCAUCCCCGAGUAUCUACGAGACACAGUUCUAGAUGGCGAGCAAUUUCAACUUGCAGAUGCCAAGGAUGUUGCCUUAUAUCCCACCGAGGAUAAAAAGUAA